GCAUAGCCUGGGACAAGAUUACUUAUUAUCACAGUAAACGGCAGGUGGCGGUAUAUUUCUGCGGCUCUCCAUCCUCCACCAUCUCCAAGAAGAAGAACAACAAAGAAAGAGAACAUUAACGUUACUAGCAAUAUGCACAGGUUAGCUAGUCGCUUUAUAAUAAGUGUUCAUUUCAGAUUUUACAGACAUGGAAAUAAUCAUUUGGCAUCCGUGAAAUAAGGAGAAAGAGCACCUCCUCCGGUCAUUAUUCCCAUGAACAGCAUGUUUGAUUUAAAGUGUGAGAGCUCUUCAGGUGAAGAGGAGGAAGAGACGGAGGCAGGAGACCCCGCUUUAACAGCACAGAUAUCCAGAUGUGCAAACGUAUCAUCAGCGGAUUUGGACUUAUUGGAACACACCCGGAACGAGUCUAGUACUGUAAAGCAAACCAUAUGGGCUGUUAACUGUUUUAAAGCCUGGCUGCGGGAAAAGCAGCUGACCAUAGACUUUAAAACGGCCGAUAAAUCGGAGGUAAACACAAUCCUCCGCGAGUUUUAUGGAUCUAUUCGGACCAGCAAAGGAGAGCUGUACGGGAUCAGCAGCUACGUCGGUCUCCGGGCUGGACUCAACCGGUACGUUAACGACCCUCCGGUCAACCGUGCGUGGAAUCUGAUGCAGGACGCUGAGUUCAGGUCUGCUAACAAUGUUUUCAAAGGCGUGGUCAAGCAGAUCCGUCGCUCCGGUAGGGAUAUAACAACACACUACCCACCAAUUACCCCUGAAGACCAACACAUCCUCAAACAUUCAACUGCACUGGACCCUGGGAACCCAAAGGGCUUGUUGUAUAAGGUGUGGUAUGACAUCCAGUUGCAUUUUGGGCUCAGGGGUAAGGAGGGCAACCGACACCUGCAGCCAGACACAUUUGCUCUGAACCUGGACCAAAACGGAUUUAAAUACUUCACCAUGGCACUACACGAGGAACCGAAGAACAUGCCGGAGAAGGAUAAGAAGAAGCGGAAGGCUAUGUUUGAAGAGCCGGGGAAUCCGCUGUGUCCUGUUGCGUCUCUGGAGAAAUACCUGAGGAAAAUCCCAGCCGACGCUAAAGCUCUCUAUCUGCAGCCCAAAAGGAGCUAUUUCCUCAGUGAUGAGAUCUGGUAUACUGGACUCCCACUGGGAGUCAAUCAUUUGUCCCAAAUGCUGCCCAAAAUAUGCAAAGAGGCAGGCACGAGAACGAUAUACACUAACCACAGUCUGAGGAUAACAGCGAUUCAGAGACUGAACGAACCGAGGGAGAUCAUGGCAGUUUGUUUACAAAGUGUUCCAGUUGAGAUUACCACCCAGUGGCCUUCACUGCAGGAACCCACCCCAUACUCUCCUGCCAGUGAGAUCGACUCCAGUUCUGCCAAACAGGAGAGUCCUGUGAACAGUAACAGCAACAGUUGGGUGAAACAGGAGCCGGAGGUUAAUGCAAUCCAGUGGGAAGACAGGAACUUUGAGCCUGCCGUUCAAGUUGAGAAGGACAACAAUGUGAACAGUGCUGUCUCCACAGAGACGCCUUCGAUGGAGGGUCUACCCAGCAGUGUUAUGCUAACCAUCACUAAACUUCAGUGCUUACUGGAGAGCAAACAGGAAAGGAUCGAAGCUCUGGAAAGACAAGUGCAAGACCUAAUGGAGGAUCGCAAGUUCCUCCGCGCACAAAUAGAGAACCUCACUGGUGCUCGUCUUAUUUCAGUGCCUGAAGCAAGUACAUCAUUGAUCUCUGAGUCCAGGUCACGUAAAAGACGGCGAAAGAGCUCAUCCAGCUCAUACAUCAACGAUGAGUGCUUCACCGAUGAAUCCAGCAGCACAUCGUCAUCUGAAGAGUCUAGCAGCAUGAGGAAAAAGAGACGCCAUAAGAAGAAGAGGAAGAGAGAGAAACAAGAGUCUCAAACUCGCAGUAACUCCAAAAUCCAAGCUAAUACCAAGGCAAAUCACAGAUACGUUCCCCAGUGUGACUAGGUCUUGAUUCGCCUUCAUCAAGAAAAAGAAGAAGAGCAUGAGUAGGGUUUCCUGCUAUAAGGUUAACAGGGCCCAGGACAGUUUUUACAAGCAGACCUCCAUGUGCCAAUAAGUACAGUAGGCUGCACUGUGAAAGAGUUUUUUGGGUCAUCCAGUGCUUCUGUUUGACCCUCACUGCCUGUGUCCCGAACAUGUAUCAGGGUCUGAUCAGGCCUUGUGAGGAAACACAUGUCAAGCAGUGUGUUCCGUCUGUUGAGCUGUUCAGAUGAUCAAUAUUUACAGUCCGGAAAAGAUUCAAUCAUUCUGAGCCUCAUUCUAGGGGAUUUACAGUAUGAGUUCAUGUGAGUCAGAUCAUUUUUUGUUUAAAUACUCAAGUUAUUAAGUUAUAACCGUUUAUCAAAUGUAACUUUACAGGGGUUGGACAAUAAAACUGAAUCCGCCUGGUUGUAGACCACAGUAAUUCAUUAGUAUGGUGUAGAUCCUCCUUUUGCGGCCAGUACAGAAUCAAUUGGUCUUGGUAAUGACAGAUACACGUUCUGCCCUGUGGUCAGAAGGGUUUUUGAACUAUUUUUCUUGUGUGGACAAUAAUAGUGGCCAAGUAACUCUUAAGCUUCUCCAAAACACCACAAAGUGGCUCAAUAAUAUUUAAAUCUGGUGAUUGUGCAGGACUUCACUUUCAAACCACUUUGUCACCAGUCUUGCUGUGUGUAUUGGUGAUGAUCCUGUUACAUAGCUCCACCUUUGGGGUAUAAUGUUUGAACCACUCGGUCCUCCAGAAUAGUUUGGUAGUCCUUGGCAGUGAUGCGCCUAUGUAGCAAGUAUUAACCUAGGGAAUGCCAUCAUAUUGCAGCCCAAACCAUCACUGAUCCACAUGCUUCACACUGGGCAUGCAACAGUCCGGGUGGUACGCUUCUUUGGGGCAUGUCGUGUCCACAUCUAAACUCUACCAGAUAUGGAUAUAAAAAGACAGUAAAGGUGGACUCAUGAAAGAACAAUACUUGUUUCACAUUGUCCACAGCCCAAUAUUUUUGCUGCUGGAACCAUUGAAACCGAUGUUUGGCAUUGGCAUGUGUGACUAAACGUUUGACUAUAGCAGCUAAACCAUGCGGAUCUCCCAAACAGGAUACCAAUCCAAUAGCACCUGGACAUCCCUUUCAGACAGCUUCCUAUUGCUUCCACAGCUAGUCCAGUUGGACGUAAUGGUUUUUCUUUGGGGUAUACUGACAAUACUUUGAAUACCAUGGCUCUUAAUACAUCACAAAGACUUGCUGUCUUGAUCAGAGAUGUACUAGCAGGCUGUACACCAUUAAUUUGUUCUCUUUUGAGUCACCUAGUGUUGUGUGCAUUGCAAAAUUGUAAGCAAAACUGUCUUAUUCUUCUACCAUUUAAACCUUCACCUUACUGGUGGAAUGUGCAAUCAAUGAAUAUUGGCCACCAGGCUAGUUUGAUUAAGCCAUGAAACCUCCAACACUAAAUUAACCAUUGUUUCAGUUUCAAUGUCCUACCCCUGUACUUGCAUGUCCUUAUGUACAGAUUUCAAAUAUUGUUUUAAGACUAAGCGUUCUGAACAAGUCUUCCGGAUUGACUUAUAAAUUGAAUCCUUUUCAAGAAGGACUGAGCAGAUGGUUCAGGAAGGACAGAGAAGAUGGAUGCAUCAGGAGAACUGUUUCUUACCACCUCUUGAGUUCUGAACGCACAAGACUGAUGUUCAUGUUUGACACUAGAGGGAGCCAUUGGUACCAUUGCGCUGCUGAGCCCCAGAGGUAAACAAAAGUAAGCAAUGGUGUUGAAACCUCUUUCUACAUGAUUAAUCUCUUACUCUUUUAUUUAUUAAAUGAGUCUUUAUGUGCGAGUCUGUUUGAGGUUUUAGAGGUUUGUGUAAACGCGCUGAUCUUGUGCAUAUUUUUGCGUACAGCAGCAGUGUGAAACAUCAUCCAAUUCAAUCAUAAAGCCCUGAUUACACGUGUAUGCGUGGAUUGUUUGAAUCAGUCUGAAUUUCUUUAUUACACAAUAACAUAACAAUAAUAUGUUCCAUUUAGCCUUUUUAAACGGAUAAUUUAGCCAAAAGUGAAAGUUUACUCGCUAUUACAAACCCUCAAUUGGUUUCAGACCUUUAUGAAUUUCUUUUUUUUAUCUUUUGAAAACAAAAUAAGGUUAAUUGAAGAAAACUGGCAGCCAUUGACAUCCAUAGAAGGAAAAACAAAUACUAUGGAAGUUAUCGGGUGAUCCCUUUAACUUCUGGCCCAUUGAGUCUACUGUCCUGCAGAGCUUGCGACGGCAUUUUAGCCUUUCAAUUUCACAACAACGGCUGUCUGGAGCCUAAAACAUGUUAUUUGUUUAGACUAUCAGAAUACACUGUAAAAAAAAAAGCAGGGUUUUACACAAUUCAUGUAGUCCCAGCAUAAAUUGAUUUUGUGAACAUAACACAUUUAAGUGGAUUGAAUAUAAAACAAUUGAGUUGUCCCAAGAAAUCUCAAGAAUCUUAUUUCAACACAUUUUAUAUUAGUAGUUUUAACAAGCUGCAAAAAAAUGUUUUGAGUGCACUCAACUGUAACAACAAUCCUGGUCUAGCCUAUGUGUAUUUAAAAAUGUAUGGUUGGUGAAAACAAUUCUUUAUUUGGAGUAUUCAUUAAAGAGAAUACACAUACCACCCUAAUUGCAAACUAACUUCAUUGAGAUUUUAAUGUCUGCAUUUUUUGGACACUUAAAUAUCCUAUUAGGCUGCUGCGGGAGGAUUUGUGUAGCAAGCGUAAAAGAGAAUACAAAAGCAACACAUUUAUUGCUGUAAAUCACAUGGCGUUUGCUAAACCGGCAUAAACCGGCUAAACAACCCUUUCAAGAGGUUACAAAAGACUCCACAACAACAUCCAAGGAACUGCAGACCUCACUUGCCUCAGUUAAGCAAAGUGUUCAUGACUCCACCAUAAGAAAGAGACUGGGCAAAAAUGGUUUGCAUGGUAGAGUUUCUAGACCAAAACCACUGCUGAGCAAAAAUAACAUAAAAGCUCGUCUCAGUUUUGCAAGAAAACACCUUGAUGAUUCUGAAGACUUUUGGGAAAUUACUAUGGACUGAUGAGACAGAACUUUUUGGUAGGGAUGUGUCCUAUAAAGUGUGGCAUUUCAGAAAAAGAACAUACCAACAGUAAAAUAUUGUGGUGGUAGUGUGAUGGUCUGGGGCUGCUUUGCUCUUCAGGACCUGGAAGACUUGCAGUGAUAAAUGGGACCAUGAUUUCUGCUCUGUACCAAAAUAUCCUGAAGGAGAAUAUCCGGCCGUCUGUUAGUGACCUCAAGCUGAAUCGAACUUGGGUUCUAGUGCAGGACAGUGAUCCAAUGCACACCAGCAAGUCCAUUUCUUAAUGGCUGAAGAAAAACAAAAUGAAGACUUUGGAGUGGCCUAGUCAAAGUACUGAACUAAAUCAAAUUGAGAUACUGCGGCAUCGCCUUAAAAGUAGAGGUUCAUGCCUGAAAACUCUCCAAUGUGGAUGAAUUGCAACAAAUCGGCAAAGAUGAGUGGAUCAGUAUUCCUCCACAGUGCUGUAACAAACUCAUUGCAAGUUAUUGAAAACACUUGAUUGCCUUUGUUGGUUUUAAGGAAGACCCAAUGAGUUACUAGUUUUAGGGGCAAACACUUUUUCCACAAAGUGGGUAUUUUAUAUUUUGUUGUCCCCUACUAAUAAAAACCAUUUCAAAACUG